GGAUUUGUAUUUUCACUGUCUCGUUUCAUCUUCCUUUCUCUGAGUUCAAAAAUCGACCUAUUCCUUCUCCAGUUCAUUUUUCACCCAAUUUAUGUUCCUUCUGUACGCAUCAAAUGAUUUCUCUAAAUCGACCCAUAGUUGAAUCUUGUUCCUAAAAUCUGUUCUCGUAAGAGUUUUGUUAGGGUUAUCUCCAAAGUUAAGUAUAUAUGAAUAACGAAGAUGUUGGUAGGACACGACAUGGUAAGGAGUCAUUGCAUGCUUAUGUCUGCAGAGAGCGAGUGGCAAACACUCGGCAAGGACAUGUGGGUGCCGUUGUGGUCGACUGGUCGUGGGCGUGGUCUGAGCGAGGGACCGGAAGGCUCUAGUUCACAGUCUCAGGUUGAUAUCGAGAUGCCAUCAUCAAAGGAAGUAUCUAGCUCACAGCCUCCUUCCGUAGGAGUGGUUCAAGAGGGCUAUGGCAGAGGACCUUCUGAGACGUCUUUGUUGCCGAAUUUUGGCCAACAUAUUGCAGCCAAGAUUUGGAAUGGAGAGGACCGUGGUAAAACCCGUUGGGUGCUUAACAAUGCCAAGCGAAUAAUAGACUUGAAAGAAGCAUUACCUCCAGAGGUUGAUGAUAUGGGGUGGUUUUGGAAUGUAAUCAGGGCAUCUGGUCUUUACCCGCUCUUUAUGACAAAUUAUGGUCAGGUGGACCACGACCUCUUGAUUGCUUUCUCAGAUAGGUGGCACUUGGAGACGAGCAGUUUUCACCUUCCUGUAGGUGAAAUGACUAUCACCUUGGAUGACGUCCCGUGCUUGCUGCAUAUACCUGUUGGAGGUAAUCCGCUAUUCCGUGAGACCUUGACUACUAAUCAGGGAACAUAGUAUUUGGUUAACCACUUAGGAUUGGAUCGAGCAGAGAGUGCCGCGGAGACCAAAAGUAUGAAUUCAGCUCGUAUCACCUAUGACUGCCUUCUGAACAUUUACACGAAAUAUUUGAACAAAGCGAAUACAUAUGCGAAUCAGCCUGGGGAGGAAGUAGCAUUGGAAUGGUACCAGACUCAGUGCAUUAGAGCUUUCCUGCUCUAUCUAGUUGGCUGCACAUUGUUUAGUGAUAAGACUGGCAGUGGUUGUUGUGUUGUUUACUUGAAAUACUUUGACGACCUAACUACAGUUAAUCAAUGGUCAUGGGGUGCCGCUGCUCUUACUUUCCUAUACAAUUAUCUAUGUAAUAUGACUAAACCCAAAUGUGUGUCCUUGUCUGGCUACGCUUGUUUGAUUUUAGGCAUGGAUAUAUGAACACUUUCCAAGAAUUUUGUCUGAGGGAUAUUGAUGAGUUGUAGAGAGGACCAUCCACGUGCUUGUCGAUUCAUGCAUAAAAAGGGCAUUGCUGUGGAGUAUUCUUACAGUGUGGCAUUGGAUCGUCUUUUGGUUGAUGACAUCAUCUUCUAUCCAUAUGAUAGUCAUCGAGAGAGUCAUCCGUUGGAGGACAUCAUUUGGUUUUCAGGGUAGAUAAUGUGCGGCAUGUCAUGUUUUCGAACACACUUGCCAGAGCGUGUGCGGAGGCAAUUUGGAUAUGUUCAAACUAUUCCUAGAAAUCCUGCUAUUGCCGCACAGUACACAUUGAGCAUUCAUAAGAAGGCAGACAAUCACUUAUACAUGGCUAUGAAACUGAUUGUAGCCUAUGCCACGCCUGCGAUUCAGUACCAGUCACUGAGUGAUGUCUGUAUAUUGUUGAGUUUUAUGUUUUAAGAAUUUGGAUAUGAACCUAUGUGGUUGGUCCUUAUGAACCUAUGUACUUGGUAUGACAUUUGAAUGGAUUUAUGAAAUUUUGUAA